UUUUAAUGGUUCUUAUAAGACUCAGGCUUGGACUGUUACAGAGUCACCUGGCAGACAUUUUUGCAAUUUCACAAAGUUCAGUUUCCAAGAUUUUUACAACUUGGAUUAAUCUUUUGUAUCAUGUAUUUAAGGAAGUUCUUAUAAUAUGGCCUGCAAAGGUUCAAAUUCAAAAGCACAUGCCUAAGAGCUUUAGUAGGUAUCCUCGGACCCGUGUAAUUAUUGACUGUACAGAGUUUUUUAUAGAGAAGUCCACUCAACCUUCAGCUCAGAAAAUUACUUGGAGUGAUUACAAGUCACAUAACACUUUCAAACUCUUGGUUGGUAUUUCACCCACUGGAGCCUUCACAUUUGUCUCUAAACUUUGGUCUGGUGGGGUCUCUGACCGAAAUAUAACUCAGAAAUCUGGACUGAUAGACAAGCUGGAACCUCUAGAUGAUGUGAUGGCUGAUAGAGGAUUCAAUAUUAGAGAUAUGGUCACAAAGAAAAAGGCCACAUUAAACAUUCCCCCCUUUGCAAAGGGGAAGUCCCUUUCAACAAAGGCAUGUACAAAAACCAGGAGAAUAGCUGCAGUUCGCAUACAUGUGGAAAGAGCAAUCCAGCGGCUCAAGUGUUUCCGAAUUUUACGUGGUGUGAUACCUAUCACCCUUGCUGCAGUUGCUGAUCAGACUGUGUUUGUAUGUGCAGCACUGUGUAACUUAAUGAAGCCUCUUGUUUCAAAGUAAAUGUCUAAAUAAUUUUCUUAUGUCUGUAUAAAUCAUAUGAUUUUUGAUCGAACUAAAAAAAAAC